AACCCGCUUCCUACUGAGCAAUCCCGUCCUCUGCAUUCCUAACCUCCCUCACCACAAAUUUCCAUAGAGAAAUCCCGCUCGACAUCUUACCAUCCUUCACCAUGUCUGUCCAAGAUAGAGCCCAGGCCCAGCUGUCACAGCUCGACAAGGAGUUGUCCAAAUACCCCGCCCUCAACAACUUUGAGAAGCAGACCUCCGUCCCCAAGGUCUACAUGGUGCUUGGUCUUGCCGGACUCUACUUCUUCCUCAUCUUCUUCAACAUUGCCGGAGAGUUCCUUGUCAACGUUGCCGGAUUCGUCAUUCCAGGCUACUACUCCCUAGACGCCCUCUUCUCCGCAACCAAGGUCGAUGACACUCAGUGGCUGACAUACUGGGUAACCUUUGCUUUCCUGACCGUUUUCGAGAGCGCCGUCAGUGCCAGCUACUGGUUCCCCUUCUACUACACCUUCAAGUUUAUCCUUGUUCUCUGGAUGGCCCUGCCCCAGACUGCUGGUGCCCAGCUGGUCUUCCGCUCUUUCAUCCAGCCUGUUUUCUCCCGCUACUUCUCGCAGAGUGGCUCCACUGCCGCCGACCUCCGCGCCAAGGUCGACUCCGCCGGCAAGGCUCACGCCUCGUAAAGUUGUCGUAGCCACACCACCUCUCAUAGUCGUAUGACCAGGUCAAUGCAAGCACGAUGAUGUCCAGGUAACGCCCUCUGCUGUGCGGGGGCCAGACAGACCGGAAUCCUCGAGCCUUGGGGCCGUCGCGGCUUGGAAUCGCAGUAUGAAUGAGAACAUGGGGGUACAGAAACUGUUCACAGAGGGGUUAGCAUAGGAAGGAAAAGACUGGAAUCCUUUUAUCCUAUGAUUACUCGUCCACGAAGCGACGGCUUGGGUAAUAGAUCGUUUUCUGUAGCAAAGGAGUUUGACAAGGUUGCCUUUGAGCAACGAUUUGAUGUACUAGAUUGGGCCCUGCCCUAGGCAAGCAAAAAUGACACUCAUCCUUGUAACUUUUCUUGAGGCUUUCUCUGUCUGAAAAGACAAUGCCCGCUCUCGCAGUAUCGGGUAAUGACUAGAAACGCAAGGCUCUCU